GCGAGACGCGGCAUUGCUGCGAGACAUCACCACCAUCUUCCAGGGCUCUUGAACGGAGAGCGAGUUUUACGUCUUUGAACGAAUUUACGAAAUCUAGAAAAUAAUAACAUCAUUACGAAUGCAGAGAACAGUCGUAACUAUCAACAGCAAUGGCCGCCAGUCGGCGAGCUUCAUUCGCGUUGCAGCCGCCCUGGGUUGGCAAGUGCGGGCGCAAAUGCGGGAUCUGAAUGGAAUCGUAGCCCAAGAACUUGUAGAUUUGCCCAACGUUACCGUAUAUAUCGGACAACUCGAGGACAAGAAAUUCCUGGAUGACUUAUUCAGGAGCGCUCAAAUUGCAUUCAUCAACACCACACACUGGGGCGACGAGGUAGCGGUAGGACGCGCGCUAGCCGACGCUGCUAAAAAGGCAAACAUUCAGCACUACAUCUAUUCGAGCAUGCCAGAUCAUUCGAUAUAUGGAGAUGACUAUCGCUCAUUACCACUGUGGGCACCGAAAUUCACCGUCGAGCAGUACAUUCGCCAGAUCGGACUUCCAGCAACCUUCGUGUAUUGCGGAAUCUAUCACAACAACUUCACUGGCCUCGACUUCCCGUUAUUCCGCAUGGAGCACAAACCGGACGGCAGCUUCUUAUGGGAGGCACCAUUCCACCCAGACCAGAAACUUCCAUGGUUGGACUCUGAGCACGACAUCGGUCCUGCCGUCUUCCAGCUUUUCAAGGAAGGCCCUCGGAAAUGGAAUGGCAGACGAAUUCCGCUGGCUUUCGCCGUUCUGACUCCCAUACAAGUCUGCAAGGCCUUCAGCCGUGGGCUCGGAAGACCUGUCAAGUACAAGCAAGGGCCCAUCAAAAUCAACGUCCCAACUCCUAUUGGUUACCGUGAGCACCUGUCAGCCCUUGAGGAUACCCUUGGCAACAAGCGAGCGGACUACUUCGGACCUGAAUUGAUCGAUGACUGCCCCGGCGUCGCCCUCGAAUUAUGGGAGGGCAACAGAGACCUUGAGGAAUAUGCGCGGGAAGUGUUCCCAGUGGAGGAGGCGGCGAAUGGCCUGACAUGGAUGGAGGAGGGUGAAGUUCAACGGCAAUUCAACGGCGUCGUGGGCCUGACUGAACAGCUCAAUCAAGCGAGACUUUGAGCAUCGCCAUUCGGCGUAUCGGAUAUCGUAUUUCCUUCUGUCACGUCAACUCUAUGGCGGCAUCAUCCUCAUCUCCUCACGUCCUCCUCA